AUGGUGGUUAAUAUAAGACCUAUUUCCAGGAUAUUUCAGGGGGCUCUGAGAGUCAAGAGAACAGACGGUAUUCUUAGAAGUAAUUUUUCAACUGCAUUGGUCGGCCUUUCACCUACGCCAACUUCGAAGAAACUUCAAGGAUCAAAUCCCCAACUAUCAUUUCCUUGUCUCGACAAGUUAGAGAAGAAAACAGAGCUUCUUAGUUCUAAUAAAUCUUGCAGCGAUCAAAGUCUAAACUCGUUAAAAGGAGGUCCGGAACCGUCCUACUCUAAGGUGCUUACCGGAUUUAAAGUUUAUAAAUCUGAUAAACCUAUUUUUUUUGACAAUGGUGGAUAUUUGCCAGAGUAUGAAAUAGCGUAUGAAACAUGGGGAGAAUUGAACGAAGAUAAGAGUAAUGCGAUCUUGAUCCAUACUGGGUUGUCGGCAUCUUCGCACGCUAAAUCACAACCUGAUAAUACUAAACCAGGGUGGUGGGAGGAUUUUAUUGGUCCAGGAAAGAACUUAGAUACUGAUAAGUACUUUGUAAUCUGUACCAACGUCUUAGGUGGCUGUUAUGGAUCGACUGGUCCAUCGUCGAAAGACCCUGCAAAUAACGAUUAUUAUGGUACACGUUUUCCAAUUGUAACAGUGAAUGAUAUGGUGAGAGCCCAACGGGAAUUAAUAUAUAAUGAGCUUAAAAUUAGAAAACUUUAUGCUUCGGUCGGUGCAUCGAUGGGUGGAAUGCAAUCUUUGGCGUAUGCCUGGGAAUUCCCUGAUGAAGUUAACAAAAUUAUAUCUAUUAGUGGUUGUGCUAGAUCGCAUCCAUAUUCUAUAGCCUUACGUCAUACACAAAGACAGGUCCUAAUGAGUGACCCUAACUGGAAUAGAGGUUUCUACUACGAAAAAGUCCCUCCUCACAUAGGUAUGAAAUUAGCUAGAGAAAUUGCUACUGUUACGUAUCGUUCCGGUCCUGAAUGGGAAUAUAGAUUUGGAAGAAAUAGAGCAGAUGACUCUAAACCAGCAGCUUUAUGUCCUGAUUUCUUGGUGGAAACAUACCUUGAUCAUGCUGGAGAGAAGUUCUGUUUGGAAUAUGACGCUAACUCGUUGUUGUAUGUCCUGAAGGCAAUGGACUUGUUUGAUUUAAGUCAGACUAAUAGAGAAAGAGCUCGCAAACAGAGAGAAAUAGCCGAAGAGAAGUAUAAUGCUGCUAAGUCUGGUUCCAAUGAAACUGGCACUUCUAUUCCUAAAGUACCGUAUCAGGAAAAAAAGGAAGCUGCGACUACGACUCCAGAAGAAUCUUUGGAAGACUUACGUAAGGGUAUCAGCAAAAUUGCUAACAAAGAUAUAUUGGUUAUUGGUGUUGAGUCUGAUAUACUCUUCCCAGUUUGGCAACAACGUGAAAUUGCUAAUGUAUUAAGGGACGCAAAUAGUGGUGGUAAAAUCGAAUACUUUGAACUAGGUACCGAUGUUAGUAAUUACGGGCAUGAUACGUUCCUUUUAAGUUUAGAUCAUAUAGGCGAACCAGUUAAAAAAUUCUUGAUGCAUUAG